AUGGCUUUAAAUCGGACCCACAGCCUCCUGGUCGAAGGCGGAAGCGGACCAGUGCCCUCCGGCGCAGUGGCGGCGCGACAAGACCUGCUCGCGCGGCUCGAGUCGGGCGCCGUCGGCCCGAUCAAGGCCGAGACGCUGCUAGAUAACUAUGUCAACGCUCGCCGCCAAGAUCGGUGGACGCGCCCCGCGGUCUCGGAUGACCUAGAGCGCAUGGAAGCGAGGAUCGACCCGUCCCUCGCUCCGGCGUUCGUCGCCGUCCGUCUAGCCCACACCCUCGGCGACUCGCGUGCCCUCUCCCGCCGAGGCGUGAGCGAGCAGGCCGCGAAGAGCCUCGAGCUCAGUCGGAAACGCAGGCAGGAGCAGCACCCGCCGUCAUACUCUGACAGUGUGGGCCCCCUUACGAUGCCGGGUACGCCGAGCACGCCGACGCGCCCGCCGCUGCCUACCCCUCCGCUGCAGCCGCCGCCUCCUCCACCCCCGAUGCCGACGCGGGAUCCGCCCCCACCCCCGCCGCCAACCCCUCCGCCGCCGCCCUCGCCGCGCGUGUCGUCCCCUCCACCCCCGCCGCCCCCGCCGCGCGUGUCGUCCCCUCCACCCCCGCCGCCGCCGCCUUCGCUCUCUCUUAUCACUGCCCCGCCACCCCCGCGGCCGCCGCCGCCUCCCCCGACGCUGUUGUCCCCGCUGGCGCCGCCGGAGACAGUGCCGGACGAGACCGUCGUCCGUCUCCUCACCCAGCUCCGCAUCGCUGAGAACGCCCGCAGGGCCGUGAUGGACCUGUACAUCGCCUCUGAGGGACGGUGUGCCCUGCUCGAGGCGCGGCUCCGGGCCGCGGAGAAGAGAUUAGACGCUUGUGCUUGUGGCAGGUCGAUUAGAUAG